GAAACCCUUGGGUUUUACGGUCUUGACCUCUAUAAAAAUCACUCUUAAAACCCCUCAUCUACAUUUCGUUUCGCUCCGUUCGUGCUCCUAUCUCUCUCUAAAUCUCUCUUCCCCGACUGAAAUCUGCAACGAUCAUGAGUCGGCAUCCUAUUGUGAAGUGGGCACAGCGGCCUGAUACGCUUUACAUCACUAUUGACUUGCCUGAUGCCCAGGAUGUAAAGCUCAAAUUGGAGCCUGAAGGAAAGUUUUUAUUUUCUGCUACUACUGGAAAAGACAAGACACCUUAUGAAGUAGAUCUUGAUCUCUAUGACAAGAUUGAUGUGAAUGAGAGUAAGGCUAGUGUUGGCUUGAGAAAUAUCUGUUACCUUGUGAAAAAGGCUGAAGAUAAAUGGUGGAGCAGACUGAUAAAACAAGAAGGAAAAGCUCCUGUUUUUUUUAAAGUUGAUUGGGAUAAAUGGGUGGAUGAGGAUGACGAGCCCGAAGCCCAAGGACCUGGAAAUGACAUGGACUUUGGUGACUUAGAUUUUUCUAAGCUGAAUACGGGUGGUGGAGGUGAUGCUCUUGAUGAUGAAUUCGAUGAUGGCAGUGACACUGAAGAUGACAAUGUUGAAGAAGCACCGUCUGCGACUGCAGAAUCUGAUAUCAAGCCUCCUGCAAGUGUUGAGGAUGAAGUGAAACCUCAAGUCUGAUGAGAAAGCUCUCAAGUGGUGACCUUUUGACAUGUUUUAGCGCCUGACGUAUAAGCACAUAAUGAAGUAGAAGGGUUUCUUUGUAUUUGUAGUUUUGUUUUUCCUUGGGAGUAGAGGUUCUCCUGUGGUACUUAAUUUGA